AUGGGCGGGGUGGCGGCGAGCGGGGCGGAGCCGCGGCGGUACAGGGGCGUGCGGCGGCGGCGGUGGGGGAAGUGGGUGUCGGAGAUCCGGGUGCCCGGGACGCGGGAGCGGCUGUGGCUCGGCUCCUACGCCGCGCCCGAGGCGGCCGCCGUCGCGCACGACGCCGCCGUCUGCCUCCUCCGGCGCGGCGGCGGCGGCCGCCGCGCCGCCGCCGGGCUCAACUUCCCGAGCCGAGCGCUCGCCUACGGCGGCGCCCGCGCCCGUGGGGAAGGUGCCCUGUCGCCGAGCUCCGUGCAGCGCGUCGCGUCCGACGCCGGCAUGGCCGCCGACGCCCAGAUCGUGGACCUGCGACGCCGCCGCGACCACCCGACCGCGCCCGUGCCAGCGCCGUGCCAGCCCGCUGACGCUGGCGCCGCCGUCUACUCCUCCUCCUCCUCCUCCUCCGGCAGCGGCGCCGUAGCCGUCGCCGUGGCGGGAGACGGUGCAAGAAGGCAAGGGACACGUGGCGAGGCCACUGAUACGGAUUGGUGCAGCCAUGUGGAGGAUGGGAGCAGAAGCUGGAGCUGUGGGAGUGAGCAGCAGCUCAUUGUUUAUGGUGACUUAAGUGUGGAUGACAUGGAGAUUCUGAUGUAACCUGUCAUUUUUUAGAGGAAUAUGUGAAAUGCCAUUCUUUACUUAGUAGUAGAAACUAAUA